CGGCGGGGGCGGGGCUGGCCUCACCCGGAAUGAAAACAAACGGCGGCCGCUGCCGCAUCCGGGCACUCUGCUGGUCGCGGCGGGAGUGGCGUGGCGCAGGUGAGGACACGGCGGCCGAGUGUCCCCGACCCCAGCCUCAGCAGCACUGCUUGGCGCCCCGGUUCCCGGUCCGACUGGGCACUUCUCCUGGCCAGGGGUGGAGCGGCCGCGGGGCGGGGCGCUGUGCUACACCUGCCAGCUGCCUUACAUCUCAGCCGCCUCACUCACCUUUGAAUUGCUGUGCUAGUAUGGGAUGAGUAGACAGCUCCAUCGCGGUACAUACUUCUCUGGGAGAGAGAAGUUACAUACCUGGAACAGGGAUGGCACAAAAGAAAUAUCUUCAAGCAAAAUUGACCCAGUUUUUAAGGGAAGACAGGAUUCAACUUUGGAAACCUCCAUAUACAGAUGAAAAUAAAAAAGUUGGUUUGGCAUUAAAGGACCUUGCUAAGCAGUACUCUGACAGACUAGAAUGCUGUGAAAAUGAAGUAGAAAAGGUAAUAGAAGAAAUACGUUGCAAGGCAAUUGAGCGUGGAACAGGAAAUGACAAUUAUAGAACAACGGGAAUUGCUACAAUCGAGGUGUUUUUACCACCAAGACUAAAAAAAGAUAGGAAAAACUUGUUGGAGACCCGAUUGCACAUCACUGGCAGAGAACUGAGGUCCAAAAUAGCUGAAACCUUUGGACUUCAAGAAAAUUAUAUCAAAAUUGUCAUAAAUAAGAAGCAACUACAACUAGGGAAAACCCUUGAAGAACAAGGCGUGGCUCACAAUGUGAAAGCGAUGGUGCUUGAACUAAAACAGUCUGAAGAGGAUGCGAGGAAAAACUUCCAGUUAGAGGAAGAGGAGCAAAAUGAGGCCAAACUCAAAGAAAAACAAAUUCAGAGGACCAAGAGAGGACUAGAAAUACUGGCAAAGAGAGCAGCAGAGACAGUGGUGGAUCCAGAAAUGACACCGUACUUAGACAUAGCUAACCAGACAGGCAGAUCAAUCAGAAUUCCCCCAUCAGAAAGAAAAGCCCUUAUGUUAGCUAUGGGAUAUCAUGAGAAGGGCAGAGCUUUCCUGAAAAGAAAAGAAUAUGGAAUAGCCUUGCCAUGUCUGUUGGACGCUGACAAAUAUUUCUGUGAGUGUUGCAGAGAGCUGCUGGACACAGUGGAUAACUACGCCGUCCUCCAGCUGGAUAUAGUGUGGUGUUACUUCCGCCUGGAACAGCUGGAAUGCCUUGACGAUGCAGAAAAAAAAUUAAACUUGGCCCAGAAAUGCUUUAAAAAUUGUUACGGAGAAAAUCAUCAGAGACUGGUCCACAUAAAAGGAAAUUGUGGGAAAGAGAAGGUACUGUUUCUAAGACUCUACUUACUUCAAGGUAUCCGAAACUAUCACAGUGGAAAUGAUGUAGAGGCUUGUGAGUAUCUUAACAAGGCACGUCAGCUCUUUAAAGAGCUAUAUAUUGAUCCAUCAAAAGUGGACAAUUUGUUGCAGUUGGGGUUUACUGCCCAGGAAGCCCGGCUUGGCCUGAGGGCGUGUGAUGGGAACGUGGAUCAUGCGGCCACUCAUAUUACCAACCGCAGAGAGGAACUGGCCCAAAUAAGGAAGGAGGAAAAAGAGAAGAAAAGACGCCGCCUGGAGAACAUCAGGUUUCUGAAAGGGAUGGGUUACUCCACGCACGCGGCCCAGCAGGCACUCCACGCAGCCAGCGGGAACUUGGAUGAGGCCCUGAAGAUUCUGCUCAGCAAUCCUCAGAUGUGGUGGUUAAAUGAUUCCAAUCCUGAAACCGACAACCGUCAAGAAAGUCCUUCCCAGGAAAACAUUGACCAAUUGGUGUACAUGGGUUUUGAUGCACUUGUGGCCGAAGCUGCGCUGAGAGUGUUCAGAGGCAACGUCCAGCUGGCCGCCCAGACCCUUGCUCACAACGGAGGAAGCCUGCCUCCCGAGCUGCCGCUGUCGCCAGAAGACUCUUUGUCCCCGCCAGCCACAUCCCCUUCUGACUCCGCAGGAACCUCUAGUGCCUCAACAGACGAAGACAUGGAGACAGAGGCCGUCAAUGAGAUACUGGAAGACAUUCCAGAGCAUGAGGAAGACUAUCUUGACUCAACUCUGGAAGACGAAGAAAUUAUUAUUGCAGAGUACCUAUCCUAUGUAGAAAACAGGAAGUCAGCAACAAAGAAAAACUAAAUAAUGAACAGAAAUAGCGCUAAUUUUCUGCUUAUAAAUGCUAUCAUUAUGAAAAGGCUAAUGCAGCUCUUUCUGUUCUUACCUUUUAUCUGAAUUGCAAGUCCUCUUUGGGUGUAGGAGGGGGUGGGCAGGGGACAAGUCCAGGAGGGGUCCCAGGGCCUUCAUGCGUGGUCUCGGGGAAGAAGCUUCCUCUGGCCUGGCGCAGGCCGUUCCAUCUGCCUCCCAGGUCUGCGUCCCUAACCCCUUCCCCAGCUUGGUGUUUUACCCCGAAACAGGAAGGAACAGGGGUCCUGUGGAACAGGGGUCCUGGGGAAGGUGUCCAGGGCAGGGUCCUGGGAAGGGUGUCCCGACCACUUCCUCUCCAGCUGUGGCUCCAUCUGCCCAGCUUGCCUACCUCCUGCACCCACUGCCCAUGACCUUCCUGCUUCCCACGCUGCCAUCUCUGCCAGGGUGCCCCAUGGGUUCCUGUGCCACCCUUUCCCCGCCCCUCAAAUCGUCCUUUAAGUAAGUCUUCCUUCCAAGUGCUGUGGGGCAUAACGAUGAGGCACUGGCCUUGGGGGCCACACCAGGUCGCAGCAAAUGCCUUCAGCCUGGGACGCCAGUGUUUUAUGCUCUUAGUUCAGUAAAAUACGCCCCCAAAAUUCAAGAUUGAGUGUCAGGCUUUAUAUAUAUUCAGCAUUCCUCAUUACAGAAAUCUUUUAUUGAAUGGGAAAGGUUUAAAUGCUAACCAAAGCAAUUUAUUUUUAAUUAAUAUUUUUAGACUGUGCUGUCAUACUGAACUCACUGCUAGCUAAGAGACCUAUCAGAGAUUUAGAUAUAUUUUCUCCAGGUUUUUUGUGGGGUUUUUUUUUGUUGUUGUUGUUCCAGCCAUGUGACAGAGGCUCUUUCUAAAAGUAUGUAGUUCGCUGUGUGUCGGCUCCAGCAGUAACCGUCCUCACUGCGCCACGCACUCCUCUGUAGAUGUGUGCCCAGUGGGAGUUCCUUCCAGCCCCAGGACCGCAGCAGCAGCCAGGUGCCGAGUGGAUUGAGUGCCAGGUGCAUCCAAGACUUUCCCUCCCUUCCAGAAGGCACUGGCUGAAGACAGGAUGGAUCAUGCGGAGCCGGCUGAAAUGCUCCAACUUUUUCAAAGUGUGGGUGGUCCAGUUUGGACUGAUGGGAAUCUUCUUGUCAUUCUUUUUAAACGGAUGAUACCGAUGGAAAUAAAAGGUGGGAAAUAUAUUCAAAAA